AUGAAGCUGCUCACCUACAACCUGCAGAGCUCCAGGAGCUUCCCCCUGCGCCUCCAGGCCAGCGAGGUGGCAUCAACUCGGUAAAAUUCAACCCCGAGUUUGUGGCGCCUGAUCCCCAAGGUGGAGUGGGCGGUGGCGCUGCUGGAGGCGGCUGACAACUUGCAACUGGCCGAGGUGCCCGAUGAGGGCUACGAGCAAGAGGAAGAAAAGUUUUUCAAGGCGAUGCACCACGUGCUGCUGGAGGGGGAGGUCUUGGAGGGAACCCUGCAGUGUCCGGAGUCCAGGGGCCGUCUCUUCCCCAUCAGCCGCGGGAUCCCCAACAUGUUACUGAAUGAUGAGGAGACUGAGACUUGACCAUCUGAGCCACCAGUUCCCCGUGUCUUCGUUUGUCGUGUUGACUAGCUCCGUCGCUGCAUCCCCAACCCUUGACCCAGUAAUAUGCCACACA